GGUUCGAUGACCGUUCGGAGGGUGAUGCGUGCCGAUCGCAUCAUCACGCAAUAUGCUUCCUUGUUUAGAGCGUGUUAGUUUCAGUAUUUGAGUGUCUACUUCUUAGUAUCAGCACUUUGUAGCUGAUCCUACUUAAUUCUCGACUCAAAACUCAGUUUCUGUUCGUUUUUGUGAAUGAAAAUGAACAUUACAUCACGAACCCAUUCCAACUAUUGAAAACGGCUCUUGAUCUUGAUCAGUUCUUUAUGCGACCGUUGGCGUCUUUCUCGUCGACGCGAGAUUUCACACUCACUCACCUUCACACACACACCUAUUGAAAGCCAAACAACCUAAAAACGCCCAUUUGUUGUUUGUCUCGUUGCACACGGGAAUGAUUUGUUUGUAGAACGCGGUGGCUCCAGCUUCAGCCGUGGCGUCCGGAACCUGGGUCAAGCUCUGUGAUCCACUGCAUCUACUCCAGUAGAUCACCAUCACCAGAUGGUUUCCGAAAUAGGAACAACCAAACAACGACGAAACCUGGCUGCCCAAAACAAAACUGAAUGGACACCAAUGUGCCAUGCCUCUUUGGAUUCCAUCCGCUGCAAGUGAGGCAGGCGCAAGAUUGUAACCGAUUGUUUAGAUUAGCUUCGUUCCAGGAGAUUUACAUGACAAAACGGUUGCGCUGCUCAACCCAUCCGGAUGGGUGGACAGCCCGGAACCCGACUCUCGGGCGGUAUAAAGCGCUCGGCAUGGCCAGCAUCUGGUCUCAGUCACGUGGUUCAUCCCGUUGGACCCGGUUGGUGUGUGUUGGAAAGGUCAGUUUAGUGUUCGGGACCGGGGGCCAGUACAGACCCCCAUCAUGUGGAACGGUGCACUGAUCGUGAUCGUGCUGUUGUCGCUGUUGUACUGCUGUUGGGAUGCCCGGAAGCCGAAAAGAUUCCCCCCAGGCCCCUACUGGCUCCCGUUCAUCGGCAGUGGUUUGGUGAUGCUGAAGCUUGUCCGAUCGCUCCACUACUUCCAUCUGAUGUGGUCCAAACUCUGCCACCAAUACGGUCCAAUCGUUGGAGUGCGCUUCGGUCAGGAUCGUAUCAUCGUCGUUUCGGGCCGUGAAGCGAUCCGUGCCAUGUACGCGAAAGAUCAGUUCGACGGCCGUCCCGAUGGGUACUUUUUCCGCAUGCGUUCGUUCGGCCAGCGGCUCGGCGUAGCGCUAACGGAUGGUCCACACUGGGAGGUGCAGCGCAAGUUUGCCGUGCGCACGAUGAAACAGCUCGGCAUGGGCCGGAACGACUUUGUGCGUGUGAUUGAGCGGGAAGUGCAGGAGCUGGUGGAAAACUUCCAUCGGCGGGUGGUGAAGGGAGAAACUUUCCCGAUGAGUGGCUCGAUGGAUGUGGCGCUGCUGAACGUGCUGUGGGUUUUGCUGGCGGGGCAGAGGUUUGAGCUGGAGAAUGAGCGGUUGGGCUGGUUGGCGGAUACCGUCCAUCGGACGUUUCACGUGAUCGAUGUGUCGGGUGGAACGUUGAACCGGUUCCCAUGGCUGCGGUACGUCUGCCCGGAGAGCUCUGGGUAUGGACCGAUGUUGCGGCUGCUUAAGCCACUUUGGGGAUUUUUGAAGGAAACGAUCGAAACUAUUCGAAAGAAUCCACACUGUCCCAGCAGGCGCGAUAGUCUCAUCUCGGCCUUCCUGGUAGAGAUGUCCCGAACCGAGCGUCACGAAUCGUUUACCGAAUCGCAGCUCGUCAGCCUUUGCUUGGAUCUGUUCCAGGCCAGCGUUGAAACGAUGAGCAGCGUGCUCGGGUUUGCCUUUCUGUACAUGCUGCACCACCCAGACGUGAUGCGGAAGGUACAGCAGGAGCUCGACACUGUCAUUGGACCGGAUCGGUUGCCGACGGCUAACGAUAGACCCUUGCUGCCAUACACGGAGGCCGUCAUCCUAGAGGUGGAACGCAUAGCGACCGUCGUACCUGGCGGGCUUGUCCACCGAGCGAUGGAGGAGGUGGAACUGUGCGGGUAUCGCAUACCGAAGGAUGCCAUCGUGAUGCCACUGCUUUACUCGCUCCAGAUGGAUGCGGACUAUUGGAUCGACCCGGACGUGUUCCGGCCGGAACGGUUCCUCAGCGUGCAGGGUGACCGGGUGAUGCAGCACGAUCUGUUCAUACCGUUCGGGGCGGGGCGGCGCCGCUGUCUUGGCGAGUCACUGGCCAAACCGGCCGUUUUUCUGUUCUUUAGCGCGAUUAUGCACCGGUUUGAAAUUGAAUGUGAAGGGAAGGAGCUGCCGUCGCUCAACGCUGUCGAUGGUAUUACGUUGUCACCGGUACCGUACACACUGCGGCUGGCAGAACGGGUGUGUAGGUAGAUAGUGUCUGUGUGUGUGUGUUUGGCUACGUGGGAAUUUAAUUAAAUUAAUAUGAAACUAAGUGCAGGUUACUGAGAAUUAUAUUGUCUAACGCUGUAAAACAAAUAAAAGCUUUUAUAAAGCAAAGUAUUUCAAAAAUA